AUGAACGAAGAAAUAUAUACCGAGUUGCUAGGGCUUGUUUCUCAAAUAAUUCAGAAAGAAGAUACUAUAAUGCGACAAGCGAUUACUCCUCAUGAAAGGUUAACUAGUACUUUGAGAUUCCUAGUUACAGGAAGAAAUUACGAAGAUCUUAAGUUUUCAACUGGCAUUUCUGCACAAGCUCUAGGAAAAAUAAUACCAGAGACAUGUAGAGCGAUAUUUGAUGUUCUUCAGGAAAAUUAUUGCAAGUUUCCACGCACAAGACAAGAGUGGGAACAAAUAGGACUAGAUUUUGAGAAUAGAUGGCAGUUUCCAAACUGUUUAGGUGCAGUUGACGGGAAGCAUGUAAGAAUAGUACCUCCAGCAGGAAGUGGAUCAUACUACUACAAUUAUAAACAAUUUCACAGUAUAGUAUUGAUGGGUAUUGCAAAUAGUAACUACGAAUUAAUACUGUUUGAUGUGGGUACAAAUGGACGAGUAUCUGAUGGUGGUGUUAUUAACAAUACAUCUUUUUACAAAGCAUUAUUAAAUGAAAAAUUAAAUUUACCUCCAAUAAACCAUCGUAAUAAUCUUCCAUAUGUAUUCAUUGGAGAUGAAGCUGUUGCUCUUCGAAAGGAUUUUUUGAAACCAUAUAGUGAAAGAGAACUAAAUGUUGAUCGUUCAAACUUUAAUAAACGCUUAAGCAGAGCAAGACGAAUAAUAAAAAUGUUUUUGGCAUAUUAG